AUCUAGAGGAAAUAAAGAAUGUGGUGUAACCAGCAUCUCUUAGACUUUUCUGUGGUAGUAUAAUAAUGCUACCAACGGAUGGUAGUAGUUGUUUUAAUCGUAGGUAUGAUUGGUUUUCAGAUAAUACAAUUAUAAAGCGUUCUCAAAUAUUACCUGAUAUUUAUUACUCCCAGGCAUUACAUUUUGUCAUCGGUUUUGGUUGACAGAAUCACCACGUUAUUCCUAACUCAUAAUUUAAGUUAGGCUUAGUCAAAUCGUGCUGUGAACAGCUUCAAAGAAACGGAACUUCCACAUACUGUGACAUAGUAAUUUUUGUGGACAACUCGAUGUGUCAAGCCACAGCAUUCUGGUCCACUGGAACUAGUUUAAUUACUUCAGGUGAAGCUUUGGUGUAGAAACAACUACUUGUAUUAUCUGCUAAAACAUGCACUGCCCAAGGAUGUGUGGAUUGGAUAUUUGGUUUUCAAAACUGAAGGUCAAGUAUAUCUUAGGAAUCUUAAUUCUGAUUGGAAUUUGUGACAUAUUUGGUGUUUUCAUUCACCUCUUCGAGAUAGAUUACCACACCAAAUUUACUUAUCCUCUUGAUAUUAAUAUGGAAGAAGUACUUUGGGAGAUAAAAGAAGGAAAAGUGCCAUCCAUAAAGCCAAUUAAUGUACAUAGCUACAGAUUUAAGAUUAAAAAUGAAGCAAAAUGUAAAGCUAUGGAUAAAAACAACAAUACAAAUGUAGUUCUUCUUUAUGUAAUCAAAUCAGCAAUAAAUAAUCAAAAACGGAGAAAAGCUAUUCGCAACAGUUGGGGUUGGGAACAAAGAUUUUCUGAUGUAACUAUUCGCCGGAUUUUUUUGCUUGGCACGAGUGAGACAAACCCUAUCUUACAGGAUGACAUUGACAAAGAGCAUGAAAAAUAUCAAGACUUGGUUCAGGCUGACUUUGUUGACACUUACUACAAUAAUACUAUAAAAACAAUGAUGGGAUUUAAAUGGGUUGUGAACUAUUGCCCCAAAGCUCAAUUUAUUAUGUUUGCUGAUGAUGAUAUGUAUAUUUCAACCAAAAACCUUCUUAAGUUUGUAAGAAAUCCACUCAACAUUCAAUUAGGAUAUAGAAGACUAUUAUAUUUGUCCCAUGAUGAUGAUAGGAAACUUCAGAAAUCCAAUCAUAAAAGCUUUAAGAUUGAAACAACACUAAGUAAUACUGUUCUAAAUACUAUGCAAGUCAGAAACUCGGAAGAAAUACCACUUCAAAGAAGAAAACUUUUGCAAGAUAUUCAUGAAACUUUCGGAGAUAGUCUGUAUGCUGGCUAUGUAUUCGAUACAUCACCAAUGAGGCAUAAACCUAGUAAAUGGUAUGUAACUCUGAAGGAAUAUCCAUUUUCUAGGUACCCUCCAUAUAUCACAGCUGGAGCUUAUGUGUUAUCUUUUCCAGCACUAUACGACAUGUACUAUACAAGUCUUUACACCAAACAUUUCAGGUUUGAUGAUGUAUUUCUUGGUAUUGUGGCCAAAAAAUGUGGAAUAUCACCAUUCCAUAAUGAAAAUUUUUAUUUCUGGAAAAAACCCUAUGAUAAGCUUGGAUAUGCUGAUGUGAUAGCUUCUCAUGGUUAUGAUAACCCAACAGAACUUCAAAAAGUGUGGGAAGAACAAAGAAGCCUAGGAAAUGCAUGAAAAACUUUAUAUACAUGUAUUUCUCAAACUUUUUAAAACUUAAUAUGUAAAUAUUUAGUUAUAAAAUAGUGUAUAUAUAUUAAUUUGUAAUUACUGCGAAUGGAUAGUUUCUCAAAUUCAUCUUGAAAAAUUUUGUACAAUAGUGCACAGUUAGUCAAAAUGUUUGGACUGGUCACAUUUUCUGAAAACUCCUAGUAUUUGGUUGAAGUCUUAUGGGCACUUUUUUUUUUAUUAAUGAAUGUAAGUGGCUAUUAUUCUCACAGAAUUAAUAUGUUUAAAAUCUUCAAAGUAUCUGUGUAAAAGUUCCAGUCAUUCUAUCUUGAAAUUAGAAUUAAAUACAGAAGUUCAACAGAUAGCUAAGUUAAUCUGUGGGUUAUAUAAAAGUACCUCACCUUAAAAUUGUAAUAGCAGAGUAAAUUAAUUUGGAGGUUUUAAGUGUUCUUAGAGACAGUAAAUAUGUUACAAAAAUGUAACUUUAGAUAAAUGUUAUUAAAAAUGACCCAGAUCAGAAAUUUAAAAAAAUCUCAA